AUGUAUGCUCCGCACCCGCUGCUCCAUCAAUCUCACUUGGAUACGGCUCUGAUGAGCGCAUGGUCAAUCUCAAUAUGGCCCAGAUCUGAGGGCCGUGACAUCGACGGUCGAAUCAUGAUUCAACAUCACUCACCCCGUCUACCAACAGAUCAAUGCGCCAACUUGUUCACAACAAGUCUAGCAGUUGUUCGACCAGCCAGAGGAUCGUGUGGUGGUCGAUGCGCUCUGACAACCCUCCAUGCACUUAACGGAUGGGUGAUGCUUGCAGCAAGAAUACGCAACCUGGGACAAGUCAGUUCCGCCACCAACCCAGAAGCUUGGAAAGCUUUGGCGACGGCGGGACGGACCAGCCCUGCCCUGACAGAUCCGGUCGACGAUACAACCCAAGCCAAGUCGACGAGCACUGUGCGCAUUCGAGUCUUGUGUGCCCUUCAGGGACAGAACUCUGAGCAACUGCCAUGA